GGAGGAAAGAGGAGGAGCCUCGGACGGAUUGCGCCCGCCUCUUAUUUAAUCGAGCACAGAGGAAGGAAACUGCAGCUCCUACUACUUUCUAUUACAAGAGCCGGCGCCGGCUUCUCCGUGUUCUCGUGGUGGCUUCAUGGCUCCUGCAUCGCGGAUCGCUAACCUGCGGCAGGCGGGGAACGAACAGUUCCGCAACGGGCAGUACAGCCAGGCGGCCAAGCUCUACAGCCGAGCGCUGGAGUUACUGGAAGCGGCAGGAGAAACAAAUGCAGAAGAGAAGAGUGUUCUUUAUUCCAAUCGUGCUGCCUGCUAUUUGAAGGAUGGGAACUGUAGCCUCUGCAUUAAGGAUUGUUCUGAGGCCCUGGAUCUGGUCCCUUUUGGAAUCAAACCCCUGUUGAGACGCGCAGCAGCCUAUGAAGCUCUUGAGAGAUACCAUUUAGCCUAUGUGGACUACAAAACUGUGCUACAGGUCGACACCGCUGUACAAGCUGCACAUGAUGGAGUCAAUCGAAUGACCAAGGCCUUACUGGAAAAAGAUGGUCUUCAAUGGCGUCAGAAGCUCCCGCCCAUCCCAGCUGUUCCUGUUUCUGCUCAGAGAAGGUGGGAGCCGCUGCCUCUUGGAAGCCAAGAAGCUACUUCAAGAAGCAAAGAAAAGAAUACUGCAGUAACAAAUAAAGUGCCUACAGCUGCAACAACUGAAAAAGCAAAUGCAUUGAAGCUGGAAGGAAAUGAAUUUGUAAAGAAGGGCAACUACAAGAAAGCUAUUGAAAAGUACACAGAGAGCUUAAAACUCCAUAAGCUGGAAGCUACAACUUACACUAACAGGGCUCUCUGCUACCUGAAUAUAAAGCAGUACAAGGAAGCAGUCCAAGAUUGCUCAGAAGCACUUAACAUAGACCCAAAGAAUGUCAAGGCACAUUACAGACGAGCACAAGCAUAUAAAGAGCUCAAGGACUACAAAUCCAGUAAAGCAGAUAUCACCAGCCUCUUGAAACUUGAACCAAAGAACAGUGCUGCUCAGAAAUUGCUGCAAGAAUUAAACAAACUCUUAAAAUAAGAGAGACUAAAGACAACACUGUUCUAAAGAUACUUUUUCCUGUUUUCAAAAAAAAAAAAUCACAGGGACCAGCCUGAAUGCAGAGCCAGAGGCAAAAUCCACCUUCCAGACCUGUUGGCAUCUCUCUGUGGUUCCUUGCUUUAUAAAAGUUGUUCAUUCUUCCUCUAAAGGCUUCUGAAAGUUCUGUGUGACCACCUGAGAUUCACAACUUCCUAGCAAAAUUUCCAAGGAGGUAGCUUUACUACAAGUCCCUUUGUUGUGCUAGCAAAAUUUACUUUAACCCACUGGAUAAAUGAUUAAAGCAGAUAAAGCAGCACUUAACUAAUUUUUUGGUGUGUUUUGCAGAGUAAAGAACUGCACGCCUCUGGUAGUGGCUGUUAAUCACUGUAGGUAGCAGCACAAUGCACACUAAAGGCUUGGGUUAACUCACUGGUUGAUGGAAGUAGGAGUCUCAAAAAUAGUAUCUGCUUUGCCUUAACUUCAGUGCACUGGGGUCCAAGGGAGUGUCCUGGUCUUCAAAAUGUUACUUAGGAACCUAAAGCUGCUUUUAUCCUUCACCAAAGAGUCUGGUACAUUUUGGUGCCCUUAUACCUAUUUUUGCAGUCUUAUGUUUUUUGUUAAUCAUUUUCAUUUUCAUUCAUGCUUAUACUGAAUACCUGUUACAUUUUGUACUUGCCUGUUACUGUAAAAUUACACUUUUCCCCCUGUAUAUACAUCAGAAAGUAGUUAGAGGCUAAACUGUGGGAUAGUGAGGGGAGAGAGGCAGGAAGCCAUUUAGACUGGCAUAGCCAGUUUUCCUCCUUUGUUAAAAAAAAUGGUCCUCAGGAGUACAGAUAGCUGCAUGUACAAGAACAUUUUGCCUAUCUGCCUGCAACAGAUAGUUGCUCUUGCAUCUGCUUCUUAUGGAUAGCAGCUAGCUGAUAAGGUUUGUGUUGGGUAUAGCACUGAAGGCUACAGAGACCAAUUGGCUAGAAUUUCUCAGAAAAACCCACCCCCACAGAGCAGAGAUGGGCAACCUGUGACCCUGCAGCUAUUGCUGGACCAUACUCCCAAUUAUCCCUGACCUUUGGCUAUUCUGGCCAGGGCAGAUGGGAGUCCAACAUCUGGAACAAUACCACUUCUCCAGCUCUAUUGCACAAAAUUAAAUGGCAGGCACUUCUCCCCAACCUGUUUUUCUACAUUUUUAACAGGAGCUAUUUUCAAUACCUUCCACCUGCUACAGUCCAGGCAGACAUUUACCAGCUCAUCUGUUUGCAUGAAAAACUUGACUCAAAAUUUAAUACCCCAAAAAAGUAUAACUACUUUUGAUUCUGUCCUCCACCAUUUCAGACCAAGGCUUGCAGUUAGCCCCUUGUUUUUCUUAGAGCUACUGCCUUUUUAAGGUUAGAUAGGCCAGAGCUUUGCAUGUAGCCUAGGCUUUGAGUACCUUAAAGGAAUCACUACUGUUAAUGUUGCAUAGGUCAAGACUACAAUGCUGUAGUAAUAGCUGUCUUUCACAUCCCUCUGGAAAUUUUGAGGGGAGAAAAAUUGUUGCUCACAGAACUUAAAGGUUCUCUCUUCUAGGGUCUCACCUUCAAGGAAUAAAGCUGAAAUAUUACACUGUAAAUCAGUCUAUGCUCAUAUACUGAAAUUUUAAAUAAACAUGUUUGGUUGUGUACAUUGCAA